AUGAGCAACUUACCCAAGGAAAACGAGCACAGCAGCAACACCCUCAAGGAAGAGGUUGUCAGUGGCCUUCCUGUGGAUAUCAAGCCAAGAAAGCUCUACCUGUUUUUCCGGCCAUUCAAGGGUUAUGAAGGAUCACUGAUCAAACUAAUGUCCAAACAGCCAGUAAACUUUGUUACCUUUGACAGCUGGGCUGGUGCUGAAGCUGCCAAGAACACCUUGAAUGGCAUCCACUUUGACCCGGAGAACCCCCAGAUGUUGCGGUUAGAGUUUGCAAAAACCAACACCAAGAUGGCCAAGAGCAAGCUAAUGGCCACACCGAAUCCCACCAACCUCCACCCUGCCCUGGGAACACACUUCAUUGCAUGGGACCCUUAUGACCUGACCAGAGCAGCCCUCAUCCCAGCAUCUCCAGAGGCCUGGGCUCCCUACCCACUUUACACCAUGGAGUUAACCCCUGCCAUCCCACAUGCUGCUUUCACGUACCCAGCCACUUCCGCCGCUGCCGCCACCCAUCACUCUCAGAUGCACUAG